AUAUUCUUAAGGGUAGAGUUUGAGAGAAGGAGCCAGGGGCGAUGGUUUUAAUGUGCCACAGCGGAAGUAUUCGGUGGCAAAAUAUUCGGUGGAUUUAUCUUUACACGAGCUACACACGUGGAUAGUUCAUCUAUGAAAUUAUCUCCACGUGGCAUUUUGGCCUGGUAUGACGUGGAGUAACCGGCCGAAAACAUUUUGACACGUAAGAACCAACCAACGAAGCCCAACCCCAAUACCCGGCCCCAUAGAUCUCACGUGCGUAAUGGGCUUCCGGAACGGAUCAGUUAAAAUGGGCCUGAGGCAACACCGGCCCAAUUUCAAUAAAACGCGUCACAUUCUUUCCUCGCCGUAAUGUAUUUAGUGAACCAAGUGGCAAGAGCCAAUGGUUUCCUUAAAUCGUCCAAAAACCGACCAUGGAUUUGCAAAUAGAUUGAGCAACAAAAACGAAGCCGUCAACUGGAGUGACGAAAAUUAAGACUUAUGAUCGUGUCAGAGGAAAAACUAUGGGCUCAUCUGGGUCUGUUGCCUGAACUCUGCUUCUUCACCAACCAAAAAUGGGGAUUUCAAUAAUAUUUGCAGAAAACAAUAAAGAAGACGAAAAAAAUAAGAACACUAAUGAUCUGACUUCUGCAUUUUGAUGGGUCUAUUGUAAAGAUUUGGGUGAUUUUUGUUGAUGGAAGCGUCAACUUGGAAGAGACAAUGGAAGCAGCGGAAGACACCAAAACCCAAAUGGAUAACCCACAGAAUCAUGGAGGGUACAAAAACCCUUUUGGGUUUGUUAUUAAAAGAGCCUCAUAUCUAAAAGUGACCUCGACAUGGUGAUGGACACGUGUCCUCCCUCCUCGAUCUUCAAAACCCUCGCGAAACUCCAUGAAUCUUGUUUUUUCUUCCUCCCUUCAGCUCUCGCCUCCAUUUUCGCUUUGAAUUUUCCACUCUGAGUUCUGGGUUUUUCUCCUUUUUGAUUUUAGUGGUUUUUUCUAUCUGGGUUUGUGUUUUCUUGGGCUUUACUGCCAUGAUCGUAUUGGAAUCCAUGGUGAGAUGAGUCGUAUCUUUCAAUUUAUUGCCUGAAAAAACAUAUUUGUUCCAAUUACUACUGUUAUAAUCUCUUGUAGGUCAGCUUCUGAUCUCCCUUUUGAUUCUGACGAUCCCUUUCAUUUGGGUGUUUUCUGUAUUUCAUUGUUGUUACAUAGUUAGGAGAAGGAAAAGGGUUUAUCUGGUUUCUGGUUUCUGGGGUAGUUUUGUAUUAGCUUUAGAACUGGCUAAGAUGAGCCUGAAUGCAGCGGAGGAUGAAUCGACUUCAGAAAUUCAUAUUCCAGCAGAGAUUGAUUGGGAUAUGUUAGACAAAUCCAAAUUCUUUUUUCUGGGUGCUGCUUUAUUUUCAGGUGUAUCAACUGCUCUUUACCCUAUUGUUGUUUUGAAAACUCGGCUUCAGGUUUCUGCUACUAAGCUAUCAAGCUUUAACAUGUCGUAUUCUAUCAUGCGCCAUGAAGGUUUAAGAGGGUUUUACAGAGGGUUUGGAACCUCUUUAAUGGGAACUAUCCCAGCUCGAGCCUUUUACAUGACAGCUCUUGAAGUUACCAAGAGUGGCGUUGGUAGUGCAACGGUUAGAUUAGGCUUUUCAGACACCACAGCCAUGGCUAUAGCUAAUGGAGCUGCUGGGUUGAGCUCGGCUAUGGCUGCUCAAUUGGUCUGGACUCCUAUAGAUGUUGUGAGCCAAAGACUAAUGGUUCAGGGCUGCAAUAACAGUGCUAAAAACCUUAAUUCUUGCGUCUAUAAGAAUGGUAUUGACGCUUUUCGAAAGAUCGUUUAUGCGGAUGGUUUUCGAGGAUUAUAUAGAGGAUUUGGGAUAUCAAUCUUGACAUAUGCUCCAUCAAAUGCUGUUUGGUGGGCUUCUUACUCUGUCGCUCACAGGCUUAUUUGGAGUGGUUUAGGCUACUACAAUAGUAACAAGGAUGAGAGUUUUAAUACUGCUGGGUAUGCCUUUAAACCAGAUUCUAAGGCAACAGUGGCUAUUCAGGGCUUGAGUGCAGCCUUGGCCAGUGGGGUUUCUGCUAUCAUAACAAUGCCUCUAGAUACCAUCAAGACUAGAUUGCAAGUUUUGGAUGGAGAAGAAAAUGGUCAAAGACGACCCUUAACGGCAUUGCAGACUGUAAGAAACUUGAUGAAGGAAGGUGGGUUGAAUGCCUGUUACAGAGGGCUCGGGCCGAGGUGGGCGUCGAUGGCUAUGUCGGCCACCACCAUGAUCACGACCUAUGAGUUUCUCAAACGGCUAUCUGCUAAGAACCAAGAUCGCUUGAGCUGAUCGCCUUAGCUGGAUUACAAUGGCUUGGAUAUAUUCCUAGAGGCAGAUAAUAGUUUGAUUCUGGGAAGAUGAUGGGCGAGGAAUUCUACUAUUGAAAAUCGUUACCUCGUGCUCAUGGCCUACCCGACUAAUCCAUUGAGUGGAACAAAACAAACAAACACGGGCUAUGGUUUGAUGAUUCGGUCUGCACGGUGAGAGAUGUGGAUUCAGUGUUCGAUUCGCAUUCUAUUUGCUUUCCUUCUAUAAUAGCAACAGUGGGUCAUCCUUGUAAGGUUCUUAGGAAGUGUUGCAGACCUACCUAACUCUCAACAGAUACAAGAGUGCUUCUUAUCUCGGCUUGGUCGCAGCAGUGAAUUAGUCCGGUAGAGCUUACGUUCGAUGGGAUUACGCUCUUUCCUUCCAAUCGAGCUAUCAACAAGAGAUGGUUGGUUGUCUUUGCUUCUUCCAAGAGGCUUCCAAGCCCACAACGGUCCGCUGCGGAGCCUUUUGUCACCGCGCUGACACUGAUGAACCCCUGUUGCAUCAAAAUGGCAUCAGUUCUCCAAGUUUUUGAACUCGAUACGUAUAUGGCGUGUAAAAUGGAUCUUUAAAUACCUCGUCGGUUCGUUGGAUAUCCAUUCCGAAACGAACUUCUCCUGAUGCAGGAACCAUUUCAAGUGGAACUUCUGAGACUCCAGGAAGAAACCAUAGCCUUAUCCCAUGCACAACCUUCAGAUGGGAUUGUCAACGAUCAUGCGAACGGGUAUUACCUGAGCUACAUUAACUAUCUGUUCUGAUUGAAUAUUGACAAAGACAAGAGGUGCUCCUGAAGAAACUGCAGCACAAAACCAGGCCAUACACCGGCUAGUCGUGGCCUCCAUGGAGUGCUCUCCCUGCAGUGGCACGAACAGGAUGGAGCUUAUGACCGAAGAACGAUGGUCGGGUAGAUGCAGGUCGAGUUUUUUGCUCCAUUCAUACUUCACACCUCUUCUGUUGAAUUCUGCACCAUCCGGGUUUGAUAUUCUUCUACUCAUUUCUGCAACAUCAAACUCUGUUACAUUUCAAGCUGCCACUUACAGAACAACAAUGGAGUACUAACCCACCCUGCAGUUCAUUGCACUGGUCAAAGGUGAGAUCACCGAGUACCACAACAUGUCGAUCGUCGGUUGCAGCUCCAACAGUGAACUUCCUAUGCAAAAUCGACGCCUUCUCUUGUAUGAUACGUGCUCGAAGCUUAAGCGUGGCAUCUCCACGCUUAACCUUCAGCCACACAACCUCAAACUGCUGGCUGAUCUUAGCAAGAUGCGAACUGAGGUCAGCCUUGAUCUUCGUCGAAACGAACAGCUCCUCGUCAUUGUCUUCAGCAACACCUUCAAUUACAUCGCCCGGUAAUGGCAUCGUCUCGUCCCAAUCCUCCAUAGCUUCUUGCUUCACUCUUUUCACACAAACGACCGUUGGAAGACUACUCAUUUUCGAGAUCUCGAAAGAUCAGUUGUGAGAUAUAUUGGGUUCGAGUUUUUGAGCUUAAAUUCAAGAAAGUUGUGACAUUGGAUCUGAUUAUUUCUUGAAUAUGUUUCGAACAUCUCAAGAGUGUGGGAUUUUAGGACUUUACGUCUGGGAGUUUGGUGGUUUCAAUUUCUUUAUUACUA